CCGGCUCUUUUGCUUCUGCUCCGGCGGGUGGUCGGCCAUGGGGGAAGCAGGGCUGCGGGCUCUCGCCGGUGGGAAGGCCGCCUCUUCCUCCUCUUCUCCCUCGCCGGCUUCGGAGCCCAGGGCUGAAGACUCGGGCUGGGGACGCGUCCGGGAGCUCUUCCGCCGCGAUGAUCAUAAUCGAUACCCAGAAGAAACUUAUAAUAUAAUGAAAGCAACGUUUACAGGUGGCAUUGUUGGCUUGUUCUAUGGAGGUAUACCUGGUUUUGUUUAUGCCAAGAAGCGGUAUAUUGAGCAGAGUGAAGGAGAAGUUUUCCAUAAUCGUCUGGAUGCCGUGCAAUCUGCACAUCGUGCAGGAGUCAGAGGCUUCGUCCGUUAUGGCUGGCGUUGGAGCUGGAGAAUUGCAGCAUUCGUGGCAAUAUUCAACACUGUGAGCACUGGACUCACUGCGUACCGUGACAAAAUUGCCCUCAGCCACUUCGCUCUUGCAGGAGCUUGUACAGGAGGCUUGUUCAGACUGAAUUUGGGUUUGAGAGGUUUGCUUGGCGGAAGCAUUUUGGGGGCGUUGUUGGGCGUUCCAGCAGGAGGAUUACUGAUGGCAGCACAAAAUCUUACUGGCGAAUCCUUGCUUGAGAAAAGAAAACAGAAACAAAGGGAGCUAUAUGAACAGAAGCUGGCAGAAUGGGAGACCAGCCUUAAAUUCACUGACAACAUUUCAGGAGAAAUGGAUAUUGCCUUUCAAGAAGGAAGUGGGGAUGAGAGUACUGGAAAGAUGCAAGGAUUACAAAAUUUCCCCCCCAAAUCCUGAAUCAUGAAUGGACCACAAAUUGUCUUAGUGCUGAACAUUGAAUUCCAUCAAAUUAUGUCAAAGGAAUGUGCACUAAGAUAUUUCUUACAUGUUGUCGCCCAGAACAACAACAACAAAAAAGACUCAGCAGAAAGAGCAAAACUAGCAAACUUAGAAAUUCGUUUUCUGAGAUAAAUGCCUGAUUUUUUGCUGGACAGGAGAGUCAUUUUUGUGGACAUGCAAAAUGAAGUAAGGGACACAGAUAAGGACAAAAUAUUCUUCGACAGGAUGAGUUGUGAGAAUGGAAGAUGUUAUCAGAACUAGUUCUGUGGAUCAGUGAGCAAUAUACUGAAUGAAUAAAAUACUGUAAAAAUAAUUAUUUGGUAUUUCAGACCAAAGUCAAUAAAGUAAUAUAACUUAUAA